AAUGAAUUUACUCUUUUCUAUUUUUGUAUUCUUUGUUAUGUUCAAUCUGUGCUCCUCUCGUUAUGGACAACCCAACAGAUACGUUGAUUAUAAUAAUAACUACAACCAACCUCCUACUAAUAAUUAUAAUAAUUAUUAUAGUGGAGGGAGACAACAAGGAGGGUGGGGGCAAUCUAAUAAUGGAGAAAGUGAGUAUUUUAUUGAAUUAAAGGUGGACCUCAUAUUAAAGAUGUAGCCGAUCUUAAGAUGCAGCCGACCUCACUUUUUGAUACCCUAUUGAGGCUGUGAAAAUUGUCUCUUAUAAUGAGGUGUAUGUUAAAUAUGAGGUAUCAUAUUUCUUGAACAUUUCGAGUCAUGACCAUUCUGAGUCUGGCUAUUUUGAGUCUGACUAUUUUGAGUUAUGGGCAUUUUGAGUCUUUGAUCAUUUCGAGCCUCUGACCAUUUCGAGCCUUUGAUUUUCUAAGUCUCUGACCAUUUUGAGUCUCUGAGUUUUUGAGUCCCUGCCUAUUUUCAAGUCCGUGACCAUUCUGAGUCUCUGAGUUUCUGACCAUUUUGAGCCUCUGACCAUUUUGAAUCAUGGGCAUUUUGAAGCCUCUGACCAUUUUGAGCCUCGACAUUUUUUGUCAUGUGCAUUUUGAGUUUCUGACCAUUUCGAGCUCCUGACCAUUUUGAAUCUGAACAUUUUAGGUCUCUGACCAUUUCGAACCUCUGACCAUUCGAGUCCCUGACCAUUUUGAGUCUCUGACCAUUUUAA